AUGUUAUUGAGUGUUGUUGUGUAUUUGGCGCCAAAUUUAUUAGGCGACCCAGAAAAUUUUAUUCAAGCUAACUCGUUGGUGACUCCAGUGCACAUUCAGCCUGAGUGGUAUUUUUUAUUUGCUUAUGCAAUCUUGCGUUCAAUACCGAAUAAACUCGGGGGAGUUGUGGCUAUGUUUUCAAGUAUAUUAAUUUUAUUGUUUUUCCCAUUACUUCAUCGAAGUUGAUUGAGAGGUUUGCCCUUUCGUCCAUUUGGGCGUAUAGCUUUUUGAUUUUUAAUAGUGGACUUUUUUCUUCUUACUUGAAUAGGGUCGCUUGUAGUGGAAGAGCCUUUUAUAUUAAUUGGGCAGUUAGUCUCUCUUUUUUAUUUUUCUUAUUUUCUGAUUUGAAUUCCUUUGUUAGGGGAAUUAGAAAACCAACUAUUGUUUUUUUGAAAAUGGGAGGAUAAUCCGUCGUAAUAGUCGCGGGGGGACUCCUCCUGUACCUCUCUACCCUUUUUCAUUAUUAGGGGCAGAGAAGUGAAACGCAUAAGUCGAAGCAGGCCUCGUACAGCCGGUUCUAGAAGUACCGGCCGAAAGCGAGCCGAGUUUAGAGAGUUCAGUUCUUCGGAAUUCAUUUGUAAAGCUGCCUCUAUGGGGAAAAAUGGGGGUUGAGUAUCGCUUUGUUGAUGGGGUGGGUGGUCAGUGAACUUUUUGUAUUAGGUGUUUUGACGUUGGGUAUAAUGGUUGUUAGUAUGAAUAGUUUUGUUUUAAAACUAUCGAUUUUAGUGUUAUUAAUUAUAAGUGAAUGGGGCGGGGGCCUUUCUUUUUUAUUUGAAUAUUUGUCGAGUUUUUUUUUUGAAUUAUCUGUGGGUGGGUUGUUGACCGUAAAUGGUUGAACUGAAACUAAUAAGUUAAUUAUUAUCAUAGGUUCUAUUGCUGUUUUAUUGAUGGUGGACACGGAAAAGCUAAUUUUCCCAAAGGUUUUUGGGGAACGAGUUCCUGAUAUUUUUAUUCAAACGAAUGCGCACUUACCCAUUUUAAACUUAAUGGUGGCAUUAGGAAGUCUCUGCUUAGUUUCUUCAAGUAAUUGACUUUCUGUUUAUUUGGCCAUUGAAUUAUCUACUCUUUCUCUUUUUAUUUUGGUCGCUCAAAAGGGGGGAUCUGGGCAAAGUGCCGAAGCUGGUUUAAAAUAUUUUGUAUUAGGUGCACUUUCAUCUGGUCUGUUUUUAUUUGGGUGUGCUUUAUUGUGUGGAUUUACGGGAGGGGUUCAUAUUCCAUAUAUAAAUUUAGCAUUGAAUCCGGGGUUUGAUUUUUCUGAGAUCAGAGUUCCUAUCGGUAGUUUGUUAAUUGUGGUAUCCCUUUUAUUUAAGUUGUCUGCUGCACCCUUUCAUAUGUGGGCGCCAGAUGUUUAUGAUGGAGCACCGACAACAGCGACGGCUUUAUUGGCUAUAGUUCCUAAGGUUGGUUAUUUUUCUAUUUUGGUUUCAAUUGGGUCGGCGGUUAAUAUGCUAUUAGUUGGGACUCUUUUUUCGUUGGUUGUGGGAGCUCUCGGUGCUUUAAAUCAAACCAAAGUUAAACGGUUGUUAGCCUACAGUGGAGUAGGGCAUAUGGGGUUUGUGCUUUGGGGAAUAGAGGUUGGGUCAUUUGAGAGUAUUCAAGCUAGUUUAACAUAUAUGAUUUUAUAUGUGAUAAUGUCUAUUUGUGUUUUUGCUAUAAUAUUAGCUUUAGGCACCGUAAGAAGUUUGAUUGUAGAGUUUAGCGGGCUUUCCAGGAGAUUGCCUGUUUUAGCUUUGACCUUGGCUUUGACUUUUCUUUCGAUCGCGGGGAUCCCUCCUUUAGUGGGGUUUUUGGGUAAGUGGUUGGUUUUAUUGUCUGGGGUGGUCAAUCAAUAUUAUUUAGUCUUUAUUUUGGCCGUG